UGAAAUUUAAAAUACACAAAAAUCUGGGCUAAUGCUAGCUAGUAAAUAUGGGAAAAAUCUUAAUUAUUAAGUAUUUAUAAGGAUUACUUACUGAACCAAACGAAUCGACCAUAACAAAAAUCCUGGCUCAAGUUCACGAGCCAGAAAACUUUUGAGAAGUGUAUCAAUAUUAGAUGAUGUCUGCUAAUAAUGUAUUCCGAAGGAUAUUUUCCACAAGAAAUCCCUAUCAGCAAUGUAAAAUUCGGAAUUUGUGUAAUUCUGUGGCCAUUUCGAGAGAUACAAAGCAAACUAGUCCAGAUAUUUUGAUGAACAAAUUCAAAUAUGCAAGUAAUACAAGAGAAGUUUUGGAUACUUUUAGUCAGCAUAAGGAUGUGAUGAAUGCGAAACAUAUUAUGCAAGCUUUAAGAUCAGUAUUUGUUUUACAGAAGGAGGGAAGGUCUGAACUUUCAACAAAGAGCAUUAUCAGCAGCAAGAAGUUUGCACAGCUCUGCGGAAAGUUGAAAACAUUAUCUGGCACUAUUGAUUCCCAUGAAACGAUAGAGGCUUUGAAGGUUGUGACUUAUGUGGGAGUCCCAAAAAAUAGUACAAUAGUUCAAGUUUUAUUACAAUUGUUGAAACACCAGCUGAAUGAUUUGAAUUUGCAUCAAAUAAUAUUUUUAGAAUUUUUAUUGGGUCAUUAUGAAGGAGUACCACUUGCAGAAGCACUCAGAAUGGCACUCCCAAUUGUAUUUGAUAUACAAUUACCAAUCAAAAUGGAACAUGAAAAUAUUCACAGCCUCAGAGAGUAUCUGCAAUUCGCCUCACAGCAGAAAUUAUCUAAUAAAUCUGUUGAACUAAUUUUAUCGAAAUUGCUUAGUUGUAGAGAUAAAUAUGAUGCUAAAGUAGCAAGAAGUAUUCUUUGGUCCUUAAGUGAUAUACAACCAAGAUCAAAUUUUGAACCUCUUUUGAAAAAGAAUUUUGAAAUAUUGAUAAAGGGUGCACAUGACAUCUCUUUUAACGAUUUGGAUGUCACUCUCAAAAAGUUAGCAAAUUCUUAUAUCAAAUACGACUAUCCAUUCUUCAGAAAUAAAGCGUUUUGUGACUCGGUAACUAAUUAUGUGAUGGACAAGAAUCUGGGAUUCAAGGAGAGUAUUUAUGUUAUUCGGAAAUUAGCACAGAUGUCUGUCACCAAUAAGGCCUUCAUAGAUUAUGUAUCGAAUAAAAUUACUGAAAAUUUUGAGAAUGGGGAGAACAAAUUCUAUUACUAUUAUGUUUUGCUUAAAUACCUAGCAAAGACGGAUUACAGGCCCAAAAACUGGGAUAGUAUAAUAGAUAAAAUAAAGAAUAUGGAAAUUGCAGAACAGGAAAACGAAGAUCUUCUUGGAGUAGCAGUAGUACUAGCAUAUCAUCAAAUUUUCCAUGAAAACAUGAUUUCUCGAAUUUUCAACCAGGAUAUAUCGAGUAAUUCCCAAAGAAAAACUGUCAACUCAUACCUCACAUUAUAUCAUUCAAUAAAACUGUUCGAACCCCAGUUGACUCCAAGCAAUUUCAAACCAGAAGAUUUUGUAGAACAUAUAGUUUUACCCAAAGAAUUUCCAUUGGAAGGUGCUCUUUUUAGUGCUCUUGGUGGAGGAAAUUAUGUUAAAUCAGGACUGUAUUCUAAGGAAGGAAUUUUCAUUGAUCAUGCGAUAGUAUACAGAAAAGGCGGGUAUCCAGUAGCCACUAAUUUUACAUCUAAAUUUAUUGAAGAUCAAGAUAUUCCCGAAGAUCAUGAACUAGUUUUGGUUAUGUGCCUACUGCCAGAAGCAUAUACCGAGGAAGAUUAUUUGAGGAAAGCAGUUUCAUUUCGAUUGAAACUAUUGGAGAAAUUAGGAUAUACUGUUGUGCCUGUAUGUUGGGAAAGCUGGAAAUCAUUACUGGAUUAUGAAAAAAUACCUUACUUGGUGCAAAAUAUUAAAAACAAAUUGAGACAAGAUAUAUCUGUUGACAGUUACGCAUAAAAAAUAGUAUCAGAUUA